UGCAUGAUGGACAGAAUUGCUGAGGGACAACCAACAAUGGACCUGAUCCCAAGCUUGUCAGUGGAAACCUGGGUGCUCCUGGCAAUCAGUCUUGUCCUCUUGUACUUGUUUGGAACAUCUACACAUGGACUUUUUAAGAAACUGGGGAUUCCUGGGCCCAAACCGCUGCCUCUUUUGGGAACUGUACUGAACUACUACAAAGGAAUUUGGAAAUUUGAUCUAGAGUGCUAUAAAAAGUAUGGAAAAAUAUGGGGGUUGUAUGAUGGUCGAAAGCCUGUAUACGUGAUCACAGAUCCAGUGCUGAUCAAGAAAGUGCUGGUGAAGGAAUUCUAUUCUACCUUCACUAAUCGGCGGACUUUUGGUCCAGCGGGAUUUAUGAGAAAAGCUGUCUCCAUAGCUCAGGACGAGGACUGGAAGAGGAUUCGAGCACUGCUGUCCCCAGCCUUCACCAGUGGCAAACUCAAGGAGAUGUUCCCCAUCAUUGAACAGUAUGGAACUAUUUUGGUCAAAAACUUUAGACGAGAGGCAGAGACAGGCAAACCUGUGAACACAAAAAACAUGUUUGGGGCGUACAGCAUGGAUGUGAUCACUAGCACCGCAUUUGGAGUGAGUGUUGAUUCCCUCAACAACCCGCAGGAUCCCUUUGUGGAAAAAGCCAAGAAGCUCUUAAGACUUGAUUUUUUCAAUCCAUUGCUUUUUUCAGUUGUUGUCUUUCCAUUCCUCACUCCAGUGUAUGAGAUGUUAAAUAUCUCCCUUUUCCCAAAGGAUUCUUUAUCAUUUAUCAAAAAAUUUGUGAACAGCACGAAGGAAAAUCGCCUUGAUUCCAAGCAGAAGCACCGAGUGGAUUUUCUUCAGCUGAUGAUGAACGCUCAUAAUAAUACCAAAGACAAAGAAUCUCACAAAGCUAUGUCUGAUUUGGAGAUCAUAGCCCAGUCAGUGAUCUUUAUUUUUGCUGGCUAUGAGACCAGCAGCAGCACACUUUCCUUUGUCAUGUAUUUACUGGCCACUCACCCUGAUAUCCAGAAGAAACUGCAGGAGGAGAUUGAUGCAGCUCUGCCCAAUAAGGUACUUCCCACCUACGAUACUGUGAUGGAGAUGGAGUAUCUGGACAUGGUGCUGAAUGAAACACUCAGAUUGUAUCCAAUUGCUAACAGAAUUGAGAGGGCCUGUAAAAAAGAUAUUGAGCUCGAUGGAUUAUUUAUUCCCAAAGGGGCAAUAGUGGCAGCUCCAGCCUUUGCUCUCCAUCGGGACCCAAAGUACUGGCCAGAGCCUGAGGAAUUCCGCCCUGAGAGGUUCAGCAAGAAGAACAAGGGUAGCAUCGAUCCUUACGUGUACCUGCCCUUUGGAAAUGGACCCCGGAACUGCAUUGGCAUGAGGUUUGCGCUCAUGAACAUGAAACUCGCUAUCACUAAAGUCCUGCAGAACUUCUCCUUCCAACCUUGUAAAGAAACACAGAUUCCUAUAAAAUUAAGAAGACAAGGUCUUCUUCAAACAGAAAAACCCAUUGUCCUAAAGGUUGUGCCACGAGAUGAGAUCAUAACAGGAGCAUAAAUUUCCCUUGGGAGUUCUGCUGUGUUCUUCAAGAAAGCUGUCUGGGAAUAUUGGAAAGUUUAAUUUACCUCAUGAAUAAAACCUAGAUGAAGAUAAAACUUAAUCUACUGGCCUCGAUGGAUGACUCAGGAUUCAGCACAUCCAUUGAGUUUUCUCAGUGCCACAGACUGUCAUGUAUUGGGCAAUGUAAAUGGAAUAACUCAGUUAACGGCAGAUCAGUAAAUCUCUCUUUUGUGGUCUUCAUGGGGCCAUCGCCUCUCACAUCUGGUUAGGUCUAUCAGUUCCCUUUAAAUUCUUAGAACAACCAUCUCUCUGUAAUUUGAUCAGUCAUGUCAAGUGAAAACAGGAACUGUUGUGGUGACUAAUAGCAAAAUAUGUAUCAGAUGUGAUCCUUGCUAAUUCCAUAAUUUGUGCUGUAUUGAGAAUAUAAAUAAAUAUCUCUUUAAAAAGCUAA